UGUUUUCGAUGGCACUUCCGGAAUAUCAACUUUACAGUUUAAGCUAGCACUGAAGUUCAUUAAUCACAAUAGUGCUGACUAUUUGAAUAUUGAGUUAACGUGUGUUAUUGAUUAAUGGGAUGUAUUUCGGAGUGGUAUUCGAUUUCUAAAACGACACCAGUCGAGUAUUGCUCGAUGCAGCGCCUGGGCUAAAAACAAGCUGCUUGGAAUUUGAGCUAGCUCGUUAUUAGCAUAGCUUGUGGAAAGGCUUCCAUGUGCGUGCGAGGCAGCAAUGAGAUGUAAGCGGAGCCUGCGGCUGCUCGUAAAGCAGCUGGAGAGUUUGACAGUGCACUACAUCUCCUUUGUAAUGCUGUUUUAUGCCGCCGCAUACCAGCCUGCUGAGUCGUGUGCGGCUACUGUGGGAAGUGGUGCUAGCACCGACACCCUGAUCCUGUGCAGGGCUUGCGGACACGAACUGGCUGUCGGCGCGGAUAUCCACUUCGUCCCCAGCCGGCUGGCGCUGUCCAGCCGCAACGACACGCUGGUCGGGGGCCGAAGGGUCAACGUCCAGCUUUUCCAGAACCCUCAUGGGCACCAGUUCGAAGUGAUCACGUUCAGAAAAGCGGAUGUUACCCAGCACUGGCCAGCGGACAAACGUUUUUCUUGGUUCCCGGGGUUCUCGUGGACCGUGGCCACCUGUCCCCGGUGUAAAAGUCAUUUAGGUUGGGCCUUCCAGCCCAGUGACUGGCCAGCAGAGCCAAUAACUAAAACCAAAUUUGAGGAGUCGGAGCAGACCUUCUUGGCUUUAAUAACUCAUCAACUUCUAACAGAGGAGUUUGCCUCAAGCCUGCUGAUUACUCCAAAAUCGUUCAUCAGUUAAUGGACUUGUACCAUUAACCCAGGUGCCUUUGCUGCUGGAAAAAAAUUUUUGAAAUAAAAUUCUUUGCACCCA